GUUCACGUUCAAAGUCAAAACAUUUCCAUGUUCGAGGAAUGCGCGUCAAUCCGCUGUCAAAAAGGCCUUAUCCGUGGGCUGUGUCAGUAAUUUGCAAGCGUAAUUUGUUUUUACAUAAAAUGUCCGCGAAUUCCUCUCCAGGAAAAAGCGAUGGUGAGUCUUUGCUGUGUUUGCUGGAAAAGUUAUUAAACCAGGAUCACCAAUUUUUGUCUUCGAUUUUAGCUGAGGAUAGGAAUCGUGCCCCUAACCCGCCAAAUCAAAGUGAGCAUUUAGGUUCUCGGAUUCGUGAUUUGGAUGUAGAUACUAUUCGAAGAUAUUUUGCUCAAAAAUUCGGGUUCUAUGAGCCUAGCGAACCAACUGGUGGUGUCGAAAAGGUUUUACAUGAAGUCAGUUUAGAUGGUGUUGUUAAAUGGAUGAAUAGCGCGAGAUGCCAAAAUGUUAUUACAUUAGCUGGAGCUGGUAUAUCAACAUCGGCAGGUAUCCCUGACUUUAGAAGCCCCGAGACUGGUCUCUAUCACAAUUUGCAAAAAUACAAUCUUCCAGAACCACAGGCAAUCUUUGAGAUAAACUUUUUCAGACAAAAUCCCAAACCAUUUUUCACACUAGCAAAGGAAUUGUUUCCUGGAAAUUUCAAGCCAACAAUUUCACAUUAUUUCAUUAGGCUUUUGCAUGAAAAAGGUCUAUUGCUUCGUCACUACACACAGAAUAUUGAUACAUUAGAAAGAGGCGCUAAGAUCCCUGAUGAUAAAAUAGUUGAGGCACAUGGCACAUUUUAUACAUCACAUUGCUUGGAAUGCAGAAAAUUGUAUAAUCUGGAAUUUAUAAAAGAACACAUCUUUUCUGAUGAGAUCCCCGUAUGCACAGAAUGCAGUGGUGUAGUCAAACCAGAUAUAGUUUUCUUUGGAGAAAGUCUGCCAGAACGAUUCCAGAAUUGUCUGCAGGAAGAUUUUCAGAAAUGUGAUAUGCUAAUCAUUAUGGGAUCGUCCUUGGAAGUCCAGCCAUUUGCAUCGCUGAUUGAUAUGGUACCUGAAUGGUGUCCCCGUCUCCUAAUAAACCGGGAGAAGGCCGGUAUGAGGUCUCCCUUACUCCGUAUGUGGGGCCUGAUGAGUGGGGGACUUCAGCUAGAUGAUGAUGCUGUCAGGGAUGUGGCAAGGCUUGGUGAUUGCGAUGAUGGGUGUGCUGAUCUGGCGGAAAGACUUGGUUGGGGGGAUGAGCUUCACGCAUUAGUGGCCAGCGAGCAUGAAAGGUUGGACCGCGAAGGCGCUCUCACUAAACCCCAUGUGCGAAAAGUUGUCCAGUGCUUGAAGCCGAUUAUUCCAAACGUUCCAAGUGGAAGCUCUGCCAUUCCAAAAGUGGUGAAAUCGCCACCCAAUCCGAUACUCAAAAAAUGAAUGAAUGAUGCAUUUUUCGAAGCCUCUAGAUGUUCCUCUAUCUUGGUUUAAAUCUUGUUUAUAAUUUCGUUGUAGAUAGCUUAUUUAUUUUUGUACUAUGUAGUCUAGCAUUGCUUAGUAAAGGGAAAGCAGGGAAGGAAGUUUUGUAUGGCGGUAUAAUUUAACUAAAUGCAUACUAUACCAAGUCCCCAUUUAACUAGAUAUGGGUGUUUGAGUUAAACAUGUAGCGUCAGCACGCUUGCGUGCGUUCCAUAUCACAUGUAAGUCUAUUGCGUCAACUGUCAUCUUUGACAGCUGACAUUGACAUCAGAAAAAAACAUGUGUUUACCACAUAUUUUCAUUGCGUUAAUGGCUUUAAAAUUAUACACGAUGUAUUAUUACAAUGAAUUUGUUGAUUGCUUUAAUUAAAUGUCUGAACUUUCAAAAAUGGGCGAGUAACAUAUAUUGAUGUCUAAGAAAUAAAUUUUCUUUUGAACUUUAAGUUUUAGAAUACCUGCGAUUAAUUCUAGCAAUAUUAAAAGAAAACUAAAUUAAUCUAAUUGUACUCUUUUAAUUUUAUGUCUCUAUCUCUCAAAUUGUGUUAAUGUUGUGGUGGAAAGACAGUUAAGCAUUCAGAAUGAUUUAUUGUUGUUUUAGGUAAUAUAUACUGAACUAUAAUAAUUUUCCAUAAGCGCUUAACAAUCUUACUCUUAAUUGUUACCAUGGUUACCAUGGUCAUUAGUCGUAGUAAUAUGAGUAUGGUAUUUAUGUUUUUAAACUUAUAGUACAUGUUUUAUCCUAGUUAUUUUAGAUGUUGCCUAAGACAAUUGUAAUAUGUCUUAGUGGUUGUCAGUAGGAGUAAUGUGUGGUCAGAUGAACGUAAAAUGUUUACUCAAAACUGAUUCCAUCUUUGGUCAAAUGUGGCCAAAUUUAACUAGCUUCGUAGUUGAUAGAUUCAAAUAUUUAACCAUAUAUUCAUUAAUCAAAUUCUGUGUAAUGGUAAAUCCGUAAAGGGCGUCUCUUAGCACGAAUAUAUAAUAGAAUAAAUAAGAUUUUCCUUUUUUUAUUUGAUCAGAUCCGUGGGCAUAUUUGGAACUAAACAGCAACUUAAUAUUACUAUACUGUGCGCUCUUUUCUUGAAGGAGGACCCUAAGUCGAAUUGGUUUGAAAAUACUGGGCGGCUGGUACCACAGUGGUGGUGCGCGGCAAAAACGCUCAUAUGUAGAACGACGGACAUUAAGGCGAUCCAUUUACCUGCCUUGACGUCCGAUCAUAAAAAUGCUUCUAAAGUGUUCUAAUUUGUCAUUUAAAGCUAUUACUCAACAGUCGUAAAACACGCAGUACCUAUUUACAUAUUUCAGUCAUACUUAGUGCUAAGUUUCGCUUCUUUACACAAUCAAAUAAUCAGAUAUUAUAAUAUGUGUUAGUUUA